UCCCCAACACCCUAAUGUUUUUUCCUCUGCUGCCGUCUACACUCUGGCCACAGCCACACCACCAGCUCCGCCGGCCUCUGCCAUUCACCGCCCCUCACCCGUCUCGCACUCACUGCGCCAGCAAAUACUGUCCGGUAAUUAUGUAGACCUAGCCCAGCUCAUUCAGCCAUCUUUUUUCGACAGUAGUCAACCCAGGGAACUGCAGACUGUCCUCGGUCCAGUUCUAUUAAAGCAGUCAAUGCCAACCAGGUCCAAAGACUUGAUUCCUGUCGAGUUUGCUCGCUUUCUCCCUUUUUCGCGAUGUCAUCUGCUCUGCUUUUCCUCACCGUCGAUCAGAGCUGGACGACUAUCUGUCCAUCGUGUUGGACAUGGCUUUGCGUUUCGGGGGGGGACGGGAUUUUACACCUACCAUGUCCACUUUGCCGCACAAGCAGCCGGCCGGUUGCAGCAGCUAAACCAGGGGACAUACUGGGGGGCCCUCGAUUCAGAAAUAUACUGCCGCAUUUUCGCAGCUCGUUCCUCCCUCUCCUGCGACUUAUGUGGCGCCCCUUCUCACCCGGCAUCUGCAUGCACUAUCAGGGCUCCUCCACCGCACUCCCGCCCCACCACCCCACGCAAUGCUCCGAUCUUCAACCGUCUGUCUUCCGCUGCACCCCCCCCCUCCUGUCAUCCCCAGAGCUAAGGACGCACGUCCCACUGUCAACGUGCCGGUGCCAAAGGGCAUCGACAAGCGAGGACGGCCGAUCCUCUAUCAGGGCGGCAGGAUGGUGUGCAAUAAUUUCAAUCAGUGGGGUUGCAACUCGUCCGGCUGCCGUCUCCUGCUCUCAGUGAUCACCCUGAUAGGCAGUUUGUCGAUUUUCUCAUCUCUGGCUUCACUCACGGUUUUCACCCCGGCAUGGAGGUGCUUCCUAAUUUUUCCCACACAUGUCACAAUCUUCAAUCCGCUCUCACUGAGCCCGACACUGUUGACAUGUUACUGGCAAAAGAGGUCACUGAGGGAUUUAUGAUAGGCCCUUUCGAUCAUCCUCCUUUCCCCGUAUUCCGUAUCAGUCCCAUCGGUAUCGCCACACGCAAAUACUCGGGGAAAAAGAGGCUGAUCAUUGACCUGUCGUCCCCACACGGCUCCGACAUCCCGAGCAUCAACAGCCUUAUUCCUAGCCCAGAUUUCUCCAUGCAGUACGCCACCAUUGACCACGCCAUGGCACUGAUUCGUCUGGCCGGACACGGAGCAUGGCUGUCUAAGGCUGAUAUCACGAGCACAUUCAAGGUCUUGCCCAUUCACCCCGACUUCUGGUGUUAUUUCGGUGUCUGCUGGGAGGGGGCUUACUACUUCUCCAUACGUCUCACUUUCAGCUGCAAGAGCCGUCCCAAAAUCUUUGACUCCUUAUCCGAGGCUCUAUGCUGGAUCCUCUCCAACAAUUACAGGCUCCCCUACGUCCUUCAUCUCCUUGACGAUUUUCUUGUCGUGACUCCCCCGUCCUCACCUCCUCGCCACGGUCUCACUACACUUACGUCUGCAUUUUCUGACCUCGGUGUCCCUCUGUAUGAAGAAAAAACUUCAGGACCUGGCACAUCCAUUGAGUUUCUGGGCAUCACUCUGGACUCAAUGUCAUUCCAGGCUUCACUGCCCUUGGAUAAAGUGCAGCGCAUCUCGCUGCUCUUGUCUAAUUAUCUUCUGACAGACAGGUGCACCAAACGCCAGCUGCUCGCUCUCCUCGGGCACCUCACUUACGCCAUCCGCAUAAUUCCACAGGCAAAAUCUUUUCUUUCUCAACUGCUGACCAAAGCUGCAUCCAUUCCCUCUCUCCACGACCACGUGGUUCUGGACGACACUUGUAAAACAGAAAUGCGCAUGUGGCAGCAAUUUCUGUCAUCCUGGGACGGCAUCUCAUUCUUCUAUGACGACUUCAUCACCCAUCCCGAGGACAUUCAACUCUACACGGACGCGGCUCCCUCCGUAGGUUUCGGCGGGUAUUAUGGGGGGAGGUGGUUUGCUGCCGCUUGGCCCUCCGAGUUCGAGUCCCUCGACACAGAGUCACGCUCUCCUUCGUCUGCUCUGUACGAGCUGUACCCCGUGAUCAUCGCCACUCUAAUCUGGGGGCACAAAUGGUCAAAAAAAUGCAUAAUAUCCACUCUGACAACACAGCAGUAGUAGACAUAAUCAAUAAAGGCCGUUCCCGUUCCCCAGCCAUCAUGCCAUUCACCCGCAGACUCACUCUCAUCUCCGCUCAGCAUCAAUUCAUCCU